CGUUGUGUCGACCAUGACAUCAGAAAUUCAUCACAAACACAUUACUAACACCUUUAUAGUGAGCCCCUCCACAGUGGAUCAAGAAUGGGUCAAAUUUCUUAAGGACUAAUUAAACGAAUUCAAAAAACAACUGAUUGCAUAUGAGGCUAACUUUAUCUGCCUACCAGUUCCCUACUUUUGUCCAUCUAAAAAGCAGCACUCUUGAGCCACUUACUUCUCCCCUCUUCUUAAUAUCAAAUAACAUUAUAAAUACUACAAAAUAAAAAGUAGUUUACUUUGUUUCACUUUCGCCUGAUCCACUAAUACUUUAGCUUCUUCAACAUGAACCAUUCCAGAUCUCCUUCAUUUUUAGUCUCCAUCUGAAAAUUUUCUGCUCACAAUACAGCUAACACUAAAGGAAAUUCAUGGUUCCAACAAAAAAAAUGUUCUAAUUUUUUUUAUCUUGGAGCGUUGAUAUUGCCCUGGUAUAAACAGCAGUUUCACCUCAUGUCUAACCACUCUGAAACAACGCAAACUCUUCCACCUCCUCCCCAAAGACAACAUAACACACCAACUCCAAGCCAUUUUUCAAUAUCAAAGCAAGUUGUAAACCAAAAAACGCCCAGAAUGAAAAGCUCACCAGCGCCUUUUGUUAGGCUGUUAAGUAAUGACCCUUUACUCCUCCAGCCUCGGCGAACUCACCCAUUAGUUUGGUGCAGUGCAAUUAUAUGCCUUGUGUUCUGUCUCCUCGUAAUCUUCCUUGGGGUCACAACUCUGAUCAUCUACCUAGUCAUCAGGCCAAAAUAUCCGUCGUUUGAUGUUCCCAACGCAAAUCUCAACACAAUCUACUUCGACUCGCCUGAAAAUUUCAAUGGAGACUUCACUGUGCUAGCAAAUUUCACCAACCCAAAUAGGAAAAUCAAUGUUAAAUUUGAUUACCUGGAUAUAAAGCUUUACUUUGUUGACAGGCUGAUAGCAACUCGAGCGCUAGAGCCAUUUAGUCAAAGACCAGAAGAAGCAAGGUUGGAGAUGAUUCACUUGAUAUCAAGCUUGGUUUAUCUGCCACCAAAUCCUGCAGUUGAGCUCCAAAGACAAGUGCAGAGCAACAGAGUCACAUAUAAUAUCAAGGGGACUUUCAGGGUCAGAGCAAAAGUGGGUAUUGCUCGCUUCACAUACUGGUUGCACACGAAGUGCCAAUUAGAAUUGACCAGUCCACCUCUUGGAGUUCUCGUAGCUAAAAAUUGCAGCACUAAAAAAAGAUGAAUAUGAAGAACAUCAAGUAUUCUACUUA